GGGGUUGUGGGGUGGGGAUGGGGUCUUGUUGUGGGGUUGGGGGUCGUGAUGUGGGGUUGGGGCCGUGGGAUGGGGUCUUGGGUGGGUUUGGGGUCUGCAAGUCAUUUGUGGGCAUGGUGGAGAGACUGGGGUCCAGUCACAGCUGUGGGUUGGAGGCUGGUGUCAUGGCCACGGGGCUUGGGGUUAAGGUCGUGGUGGUGGGGUAGUCUUAUGGUCAUGCGCUGGGAUAAAUGCCUUCUGCAGCUCCGGCUUAUGGUCAUUGGGACAGAGGAAAUCCCAGCGUCUGCCCUUCAUCACUACCUCUGUACACCCCAUGUUUUUUGAAGGGAUGUUCCUGUCUAAAAGCUCUGCACGUAGAAAGGGGAAAACAGAAAUUUUGUAGAUUAUUAUUGCAAUUUAUUUCGUCACUGACCAUUAAAACACCCCCUCUUUAACAGAGGCAGAGCAGGAAUUGCGUUGGUUGGGGUUUGGCUGCCCCUUGCCUGUAGGUUUCAGAGCAGGGAUUGGAUGUCACGAUUGUGUGGUGGGUGCCCUGCUCUUUCUUGGUCUGUUGUCAUUGUUGGUCUCUAAACGAUAGCAAGGAGCUGACUGGACACAAGGUGCAUGCUGAGCAGUUUGGUGGUUGUGGUGACAGUUUAAGUGCAGUCUUAUCUUUUAGAAGACAUUUUAUUUCUCUUUAUGAACUUUAAGGAAGCAGAGGAAACAGAAUUGGAGAAAGAAGAUUAAAAGAAGCAUUGUGGAACAACCAUUGUAGUAAGACACAAAUACUACACUGUCUCGAGAACUUGAAAGAACGCCUGUGGACAGGCCACCAGCAAUGGUGAGUCAGGAAGUGCCAGGCAUGUCUCGAUGUCUUGGAGAAGCACAUGCAUUAGAUGAACUCAGCACAUCCCGUGAUGAAGUACUUGACCCUAGUAACGUGAAAAAGGCUGAAGCUUCUGCAGUCAUGGCUAAAGCUGACCUCAAGCCAAAAUCUAUACGUCAUGCCAAAAAUUGGUCAGAUGAGGUAGAGAACUUAUACAGAUUUCAGCAAGCUGGAUACAGAGAUGAGUUUGAAUAUAAACAAGUAAAACAAGUUGAUACGGUAGAGUGUUGGCCAGAAACUGGAUUUGUUAAGAAGCUUCAGAGAAGGGACAAUACCUUCUAUUACUACAAUAAGCAAAGAGAAUGCGAAGACAAAGAAGUUCGUAAAGUGAAAGUUUAUAUUUAUUAAUUUUGUUACUGUUCUAAUGUUUGCGUUGUUCUAUAAAUCUGUUGGUUAGGAUCUGUAAGUAAAUGAGAAUUGUGUAAUCUGACUUAAGUACAGAUGUCAUUCGUAGAUAGAAUGGGGAAUGUAGGAAAUGUAGAGUGACCUGGAAUUAUAGACAGGGGAAUUUCAUUUUUUUUCCUGUUAUAAUUAAAAGUAUUAUUAUUCCUAGUUACAAAUGAUUUGAUAUCAAAAAUCAACAAUAAAAAAAUAAUAAUUAAAAAAAAAAAACAUGGCAAAGGGACAUCAUGUAUUUGGGCUGUGUGCGAAGUCCAUUACAGGUAGUCAUUAAUCUUUAUUCUGAACAAUAUGCUCUUGUUGAGAAUGGCUAAUGUCAGCCACGGUCUCUUGGUGUAGCUAAGGACUACGAGGCUCCAGGGGGCCAAAGUAAGGCCGAAAGGCAAACAAACGUUCCCUUGAGAACAGCAGGAAUAACAAGCAGAAAACUUUCAUAAAGGACGCUGAACAGCCAAGCCGCAAGGACCAGUGCUGAACUGCAGAUUUAAACAACUGGUUAUUGUGAUAGAAACAGUUACAACAAGAAACGUCUUUCUGAGCAAUAGGUAAGGUACACCCAAAGUCUUUUUUUUUAUUUACCUCAGAAGCAGUAUUUAAGCGAAGUGAGAGCACAGCCGCCUCCUCCAGUUGCUCCAAAGCCAGGCCUCCGGAGCACAGCAGCCUGGCGCCUGGGGUCUCUGCUCAGCCUGCGGGACGUGGCUGCUGCUUUCCUUGUGCAGGGUCAAGCCAGCAGCAAAGCUGAGCGCGCAUCGCAGAGACGCACAGACAUACAGGACGCUGACAUGGCCCGUCACACAGACUGCUACAACGUGAUGCCUUCAGCAGCACCGCCUGGAAGGAUUCCUAUAAAACAUAAGCACAGCCAGCAGACUCCCUUCUUCCUCUCCAGCUGGCAGGGCCAAGUUAGUGGUGCAGGUGCACACGCGCCACGCUCCAGGUUCACAAGCACACGCACUUCUGCAAAUGAUCUGAGUACCAGCGCGGCCCCUCUGUGUGCCACUCGCCUCGUUCACUCAGCUCUCCGCCAGUAGCUGGUUUUGGGAACACACACCGACCCCGUCCCGGUGGGAUCCCCACUGGUUCCACUGCCUGGCACCAGUUUCCACUCACACACACGCAGGACUCACAAGUAGCUGGCACUUAGUCCCUGCAGCACACGUGAGAGGGAGAGCGCGAUGACACAGAGAGAGAGUUAAGAUUUCAUAAGAAAAGAUUCAGUAAGAAGGUAGGACAGGCCGUGGUGGUCAGGUGCAGGGCUCAGCCAGACAAGCAUAAUGACCAGCGCCAUUUUACACGAAACCGCCUCCCUGUCACACGCUUUUCUGCCUACUGCCCCUCUUUGAUCUGCCUUGCCCUGUAAGUUUUGCCCUGUGGAUCCCACCACCGCCCCUGUCCUGCGUCCUCCUGAUUUCCAGUCUUAGCAGCUGCAACAUCCUGGUUGGUUUUCCUAGGAAUAGUGGCUCUGACUUGUGGAUGGCCCAGCUCUUAGUGCGACAGGCAGGGUUUGUUUCUUGUCUAUGUCUUCGUGAUCGCUUUGUCGGAUCUAUGCCCCAGCCCAGCGUGUUUGCUUAUUGCUUCCAUUUUUUUUUUUUUUUUUUUUUUUUUUUCCCUUUUGCAUCCCAAUUUAGAAGCCGUUUAUCAGCCAGCCCUGCUAGAAUAAACAUUCUCACACUUAGCAAUCACUGGGACUGAGCAGGUUUGUUUCUGGUGUUUGUUUUGUAAUUUGGAAGUCCUCAAUCAGAUAACCCCGCUGGAAUGAACAUUCCCACAUGCCACUUCUUUCCUUAUCAAUGAGUGAAACCCACCAGGUUUGUUUCUGGUCGUUGUCUUUGUUAACACCAAUUGGUCAGGCUUUGUCUGUAAGUGCUUGGUUUUUUUUUUUGUUUUCCUCCUCAUCCCAAGUUUGCAAGGCCCCUAGUCAGCCAAUUUUAAGUCAGACAAAUAAACAGCCUCACCUGCUUCGGAAAUGCUGAUUUUUGUAGGAGUUGGCAGAUUCUUCUGGCAUCGAGAGAGCGAGCUGCCUAGAUUUUAUUACCAAAACUUUUAAGCACAGUGUGUGUGCUGAAAGGUUGAAUCUCCCUGUCAUAUUUAAAAGAUUAGCAGUCAAAAGGAAAGAAAAGCCUUGUAAUUAGUGCUGGAGACCAGUUUACCCUUUGGCAGCCUUCAUGCUGUAUUUGAGAGUUCGCUCACUUCAUUAUAAACCAGAAGAUCUUGUGUUGACAGUGACAGUUUUGGUUAUAAUUGUCCUUUGACAUCUAGUUUGUAUUCAUAUUUCAAGGCAGUUCAUGCUAAAUUUAAGGUUCCUUACAACCCCUUUCAUUUAUUCAAUUACUUAAUUUUUAUCUGGGGCUGUGAAGUCAAAGGGGCUCAUUUUCUGUUUAAAAAGAAGCAACUAUGGGGUUCUUGCCCAAAUGUGUCUGUGAUCUCAAGAUAACAUUAAUCUAGCGUAACGAUGUUUGCUGGAGUUACUCUUCCUGGCAUGGAGUUGGUAUUCAGCUCUGCUUGCUGAGCGUGAAGUUGAUACGCAAGCACUAACAAGUCUUCUGUUACUGUCAUGCUGGAUGUAUCACUUUUAGUCAAAAAGCUAUUAAAAAAAAAGUGUCAAUAUUUAUCUUAUUUCAUAAAUCUUUAACUGAAAUGUCUGUCACCUCGGGUCUUUCAAGCAUAUUGAAGGCUGUCAGCUUACUUGUGUCUUAGCUUAAGGUCUUUAAGUUGCAAAAAAAGGGAUCGGAAUGGGGCUAUCGAGGAAGCUCUGCUUCAUUUUCAGGGUGACGCUCCAGUUCGUGUGGAUUAUCUAGAUAAAUAACUUGUGCUUCUGGAUGCUGUUACAGAAACUCCAUACUCAAUUUUAGUAACUUUAAAAAGAGAAAGGAAAACACAUUUCUCCAUUUUAUUGCCUGGAGAUAAGAAUAUGCGCCAUUUUGUUAAUUAGACUCCAAAGCAAAAGUAAUUCUGUGGAAGUACUUCCAUUGUACUCACCGCAGGGCACACUGCAGUGCUUGCAAUGAACAAACGGGUGGCAGGGCUCCUUCUUAGCAAGUAUUUAACCAGCUACCCACAGGAGUAAGUGGUCUCAUUCUAAUUCACUCCACGGCUUUGUGCAAGGCAAGGAUGAAUGUUUUCUGUGCUUGUUGAAGCUCCUAGAAGGUGGUAAAACAAGCUUUUCCAAGACCUACUUCUUAGGCUUUGUAUUCAACAGUUAAGAGGGAAAUGGCAGGGUUGCAGCCUCUCUGAAUUCAUCAGCUACAAGGAGGGAAUAAAGGCUGUAUUUUUGUGUUCUUGGGUGAAUUUCAAUGUUUUCAGCCUUUACGUGAAUUCAUUGUGCAACAGUAUUGUCUGAAAGUGAUGCUACAGUUAUAUGAUUGCUUUACAGUCACGGCAGCUCAUUACCACACAGAAUGACAGUAUGAACAUUUUAAUACUCACUUUGGUGCCUGAGCAGACAAUUCCAGCCCUGAAGACACUGGAACCUCAACUUUUCAAUGUUUAGACAUAGUUCCCUUGUUUCAAGAUGCUGAAAAUGAUUGACUGGCUUCAGACUCAGUAAAGAUGACUUUAACUCAACAGCUGUUGAUGUCGCUGGGCCUCACACUUCAGAAAAGAGGGGGAGCCUGUCUGAAAGCAGCUUGAAUCACGUUGCCUUAUUUUCUUUGCAUGUUCUCUCAUAUUGCCCUCGUUCCACUGACUGUUACUUACGUGUGGGAGCUGCUUCUUAGCAGCCUGCCUGUGCUCACCUUGUAAUGACUUACACUGCUCUCAAUAAAAAGUUUUCUUUCUUGUUGAA